UUGAUCGAGAGAAUGGACGAGUAAAUCGGAGCUUUUGCUCACAUGUUAGGUAUGUAAAAACAUGCGUCCACUCACAAGGAUUCGCUGAUCACACGAUCAUGUUCGAGCGCCGGCCGAUUCUGGGCGUGCUGGGUUGUCUGACGCUCGUCCUCACGAUAUGGCAGAUCUCGCCACGCGAUGUGACCGUCUACCGGGAAGCCACCUCCCCAUAUCUGCCAUCCGGUCAGCUCUCCCUCACGGCACCUGCGUCGAUAUCAUCGGCGAAACAAAUCGACCAACAAAAGCUACCGUACGAUAGCGCUGAAAGCAAUGCCAUCGACGGUCGAAGAGCUGCCAUCGAUGCGGGCUUUGCCAGUGGUGGCACUAGUGGGACAUAUCUGGUGAAUCAAACAUCACCCGGGUGGUUAGUGGCGGCGGCAGCCGCUGCUCUAGCUGCAUCACCGACGGGCAGCCGCACAGUUACCCCGAGCAGAUACAGAUGGAACGGCAACGAGCGUGUGCGAGGCCGGGAGGAAGGACGAGAGGCGGAGUCAGUCUCUCAUAAAGCUCUCACCAGUAGCAGUAGUAGCAGCAGUAGUACCAUUAGCAGUAGUAGUACACAGUCGACAGCAUCGUUAACAGUAGCUAGCUCGUGGGGAGAUUCGUUGCCAAAUGAUGACUACACUAGUCUGAUCGAUCUGAAGGACUUUAAGUUCAUUAUCAACUAUGAUUACUGCGGGUCGGGGACGGAUGUAAGUCGGAGAAGACGUAGCCUUAAGCGUGCAAAUGCCUUACGGGGCACGCGGUCCCCUGCGACCUCGACGCCACCGCUAGUGUUAAUCCUAAUCCACUCGGCGCCCACCAAUCUCGCCAAGCGCAACACGAUACGGACAACGUGGGGCAAACAGGACGAACGGGUACGGCUCAUCUUUCUGAUGGGUGCCGUUAGUUCGAAUGCAAGCCAGCGGGCCAUCGAGAACGAAUCGCGCCUGUACGAUGACAUUGUGCAGGGGAACUUUGUGGAUGCUUACCGCAACAUGACCUACAAGCAUGUGAUGGCGUUGAAGUGGUUCGUCUAUCACUGUCCGCGUGCUCACUACGUGCUCAAGACGGAUGACGACGUGUUUAUCAACACACCGGUGCUGUAUAACGCACUGGAGCGGGUGGUGCCGCAGCGAAACUUGCUACUGUGCCAGCUUAAAACGAACCAGAAUGUUAAGCGUACGCACCGAUCGAAAUGGUUCGUGAGUUGGCGCGAGUUCCCCUCACGGUACUAUCCACCGCACUGUCCAGGCUACUCGAUCCUUUACUCACCGGACGUGGCCUGGCAGCUGUACCGUGAGGCACAGCGUCAGCCAUUCUUCUGGAUCGACGACGUUCACAUCACGGGUACGGUGGCGCAGCAAGUGAACGUUACCAUCACGCCAAUGGAUGGACUGUAUCUGGAUAGUGAGGCCAAGAGUGAUCUGCUCGAAAACCGAGUAGACGCUAGCCGCGCGGUGUUCUUUUUUACCAACCCAAAUCUUUCCACGGACGAAAUUCAACGGCUCUGGGAGACGGUACGGUCUGGUCGAUAGCAUGCACCGGUAUCGGUGAGCAGCGCGUGUUGCAUGAUGCUUGUGAUAAGGAGCUUGAGAAGAG